CUGGCAUAUUCCAACACGCACUACUACCACCACCGUUAUCACCACCACUUGAAUCACAGCAGCCGCAACAUCAGGAAGCAAUAUCCCCAUUGCCUUUUGUUGAAGAUCAGCAAUCACAAUUAGUAGAGCAACAACAGCAACAGCUUCAAACGCACCAAUGCGCAUUCAACGACACUAGCACAAUUGCCGAUAUCAUUGAUGCAUCUGCAUUAGAAGCAGUCACUGGAGAAGCUAUUUUAAGUGCUGAUAUUACAUCAACCAGUCAACAACAACCACAUAACCAGCAGCAGCAGCAGCGUUCUCAAGAUCAAGAACAACAACCGGAAAGUUUGAGCGGUGCUCAAUGCUCCUCUUUGAGCGUAAUAGGAGAAGUUCCAGCUGGUAGUAGCGCAUUAACAGAACGAAACAAAACAUCUCCAACAUCACUGCCAUUGUUGCUGCAGGAGGAAGAAGACGAAGAAGCGGACACAGGCAACGAGGCUAGAGCAUCGAAGUCACACGCAGUAGUAGCGGCAUCAGCAGCGAACGCAGCAGUAGCGCUAACAUCAACAACAAUCUUUGUUUUACUG